CGGAGUGUGAGCUCGCCGGGAGGCCGCUCUGGACUCUGCACCCCUACGUGUGUGCGCCCUACUUCCCGCGUGUCAGCCGUCCUCUGCCUGCCCAUGGAAGGGGCCGGAUCCCCAUCGACGGGGGAAGAGCUGGAGCUCUCGGUGCUCGGGGGGCAGCCCGACGAGCAGAAGCCUCUCAACGGAACCGUCCAGGUCAUCCCUCUCUCGGCCGAGGAGCCCCGCGCAGCCCAGGCUAACAAGGAGAACCCUUGGAGCUCCUGUAAUAAGAAAUUGAUUGGAAAGUGCAAACUGUGGAUGGUCAUUGCCUCUGUUUUCCUAGGUCUCAUUGUAGUGAUCAUCAUAAGCUUAUGUCUUAUUGGAGCAACUUACAUCGAUGAAGAUGAAAACGAAAUAUUUGAAUUAUCAUCAAAUAAAACAUUCUUGGUCGAGCUAAAGAUUCCAGAGGACUGUGUUACCGAGGAGGAGUUGCCUCACCAGCUCAGGAAAAGGCUCACAGAUGUGUACAGUUCAUCCCCGUCUCUGAGUCGUUACUUUACUUCAGUGGAAAUUACGGACUUCAGCAGUGAAAAUGCCACCGUAGCCUACCACCUGCAAUUUGGGGUUCCUUCGGAAGAUGACAGUUUUAUGAAGUAUAUGAUGAGUAAAGAGUUGGUGCUGGGCAUUUUACUACAGGAUCUCCAUGAUCAGAGAGUGUCCGGUUGUGAGACUUUGGGGCUUGAUCCAGCAUCCCUCUUGCUCUACGAAUGAAGCGGUGGAUACCAGUCUGUAUCUGAAUGCAGUGCUCCACUGAGUUUGGGGAUGAGAGAAUUCAUGUCAUUUUCCAGAAGGGAUCCUGUGAAUUAACGUGGAAGGACAGGCAAUGGCCUCUCCCCCCCAAUUCUGCGUUUAUGAGGUCUGGCUCCGUCUCCAGCAAAACAGCACCUGCGAGCUACUGCGGCUGGGUUCAGCCUUGACAGAGGCAGGAAGCCCGCAGUGGGGUUGGGGGUGGGGUGGGGUGGGGGGUAACGGGGUAGGUGGGCGGAGCUUGCCACGUGGGGCUACUGCUAUUCUUGGAGCACUAGUUGCCCCCACCCACAUGUGGACACUUUCUCUUUAGUGCAAAGGUGACCUUUGAGGUGGGAUCUCCUCAGGUGGAAAGAGAACACACAGUAGGUAGGCAGGGGUGACGGACAACUGAGCCCCUCGCUCUCUGAAAUCCCCUCCCAUUCCCCCACUCCCGAUGUGAUAUUUGAUCUACCUCCAAGCAAGACUGUGAGGAAGGCACUGGACAAGACCAGAGCGGCAGAGUUCUGUGUCUAUUUUGUGACCUGCAAACCGGCCUUGGCCACAUUAUCCGCUAUCGCUGUGCUAUGUAUGGCUACGGAAAUACCACGCGUGUUUAUUUCCCGUCUUCUUAUUGCUCCCGUGACUCCUGAACCCCACUUUUGGAAAGUGGGUCCCUAUAAGCUUGGGGGUUUGAACACACAGCUAUCAUUUGGGAUAGUUUUGCCAAUUUACAGUUUGUCACACUUCCAUCGGAGAAACAUUAAGGCUGCCUAGCCCUGUACUGUAGAUACUACCCCCGGGAUUUUUAUUGUCCAAUGUUACUGGCCUUCCUAUAAAACUCCGUGUCUUCAGGCAAUGAUGGUUUAUCUUAUUGAAGAUGGUUUGAAGCAAUUUCCAACUCUCUGUUGGAAAGAAACUGUUGGAGGCUUAAUGCCAACUUGUUUGCGGGCUGAGGGGAGCAUUAGUGACUGUGUUGAUCAUCUGUGGGUACAGAAUUGCCUAGCACGAGGAAGCACAGUAUUUGUUUUGUGGGGAAAAUUGAUUUGCUGGAAACUUUCCAAGAGAGAGUGUUGUGAUCAUAUAAUAAGAGUCUUAGCCCCGGUGUCUCAGUUAAAUUGGCCGUGGGUGGACAUCAGUAUGAGGGGCUAUUGUAUAUGGGGUUGUGUCCAAAUGUGCGUGUCAGGCCAGAUUUGCCUUGGUCUUUUUGAGAUCCAGAACUCUGGAAAAUGUGAAUUUGCUUUCUUAUUUAACUAGAGGGUGCAUUUAUUGUAAACUUGGUGUGCCAUUUUGAGCAUAGUUCCUUAAACUAGCAAAAUAGGUGAAUUUCCCUUCUUCCUCUUUAUUUUUUACAUGUCAAAUGUAAAUCUUAGUGUGUUUGUACUCUGUAGAAUGUAAUGAGUAACUUUAAUGGAGAAAGAUUUAAAAAUAUUUACAAUAAAUUAUUUUUGCGUGGUCA